CAGGAGGCCUACACGCCGCCGGUCAGCUGCCGCCAUGUCUCUAGUGAUUCCUGAGAAGUUCCAGCACAUUUUGCGAGUACUCAACACAAACAUCGAUGGGCGGCGGAAAAUAGCCUUUGCCAUCACUGCCAUUAAGGGUGUGGGGCGAAGAUAUGCUCAUGUGGUGUUGAGGAAAGCAGACAUUGACCUCACCAAAAGAGCAGGAGAACUCACUGAGGAUGAGGUUGAACGUGUGAUCACCAUUAUGCAGAAUCCACGACAGUACAAGAUCCCAGACUGGUUCUUGAACAGACAGAAGGAUGUAAAGGAUGGAAAAUACAGCCAGGUUCUGGCCAAUGGUUUAGACAAUAAGCUCCGGGAAGACCUGGAGCAACUGAAGAAAAUUAGGGCCCAAAGGGGGCUGCGCCACUUCUGGGGCCUUCAGCGAUCGAGGCCAGCACACUAAGACCACUGGGCGCCG